UCGGCGCCCCGCGGCGCCCCCCGCUCCCGCCCGCCAUGCCCGGCCCGGCCGCGGGCAGCAGGGCCCGGGUCUACGCGGAGGUGAACAGCCUGAGGAGCCGCGAGUACUGGGACUAUGAGGCUCACGUCCCGAGCUGGGGUAAUCAAGAUGAUUACCAGCUGGUUCGGAAACUUGGUCGAGGAAAGUAUAGUGAAGUAUUUGAGGCUAUUAACAUCACCAACAAUGAGAGAGUGGUGGUAAAAAUUCUCAAGCCAGUGAAGAAAAAGAAGAUAAAACGAGAGGUUAAGAUUCUGGAGAACCUUCGUGGUGGAACAAAUAUCAUUAAGCUGAUUGACACUGUGAAGGAUCCUGUGUCAAAGACACCAGCUUUGGUAUUUGAAUAUAUCAAUAAUACAGAUUUUAAGCAACUGUACCAGAUCCUGACAGACUUUGAUAUCCGGUUUUAUAUGUAUGAACUACUUAAAGCUCUGGAUUACUGCCACAGCAAGGGAAUCAUGCACAGGGAUGUGAAACCUCACAAUGUCAUGAUAGAUCACCAGCAGAAAAAGCUGCGACUGAUAGACUGGGGUCUGGCGGAAUUCUAUCAUCCCGCCCAGGAGUACAAUGUCCGAGUGGCCUCCAGGUACUUCAAGGGACCAGAGCUCCUUGUGGACUAUCAGAUGUAUGAUUAUAGCUUGGAUAUGUGGAGUUUGGGCUGUAUGUUAGCGAGCAUGAUCUUUCGAAAGGAGCCCUUCUUUCAUGGACAGGAUAACUAUGACCAGCUCGUUCGCAUUGCCAAGGUUCUGGGUACAGAUGAGCUGUAUGGGUAUCUGAAGAAGUAUCACAUAGACCUAGAUCCGCACUUCAACGAUAUUCUGGGACAACAUUCACGGAAACGCUGGGAAAAUUUCAUCCAUAGUGAGAACAGACACCUCGUCAGCCCUGAGGCCCUAGAUCUUCUGGACAAGCUUCUGCGAUACGACCAUCAACAGAGACUGACCGCCAAAGAGGCCAUGGAGCACCCGUACUUCUACCCCGUGGUGAAGGAGCAGUCCCAGCCUUGUGCAGAUAAUGCUGUACUUUCCAGUGGUCUCACGGCGGCCCGAUGAAGACUGGAAAGCGACGGGUAAUGCGGCAUUGAUGCUUGCCAAUAAAACCAACCAACCAAACACAAACCUUGAAGGAAAACUACAGUGUGAUAAAAAGAAAUUCUAGCCAUUCCUUCUAAACGCAAAGAAGAGUAAAGACCUAAAAGUCUGUCAAAAAGAAACUCCCCAGCACUAGUCUACAGGGAGCUGCCAUUGGGCAGCCUGACGAUGCACAUAGUUGAGAACCUGAGGGGGACUCUCCCUUUGGAAUGCAUGGGAGAUGAGAGACUCGGAGUUGUUGUACAUUUCCUUUAUUUAACAGGAGACCACUGUUGAAUUAACCUGUUGAAGUCAACAAGCUCUGAAUAUCUGACUUCCUAUCUAUUCCACUGCGGUCUGGGUUUCCUUUGGUGAGAUUCAGGCUCAAGUUUUAGCAAAAUGUCAGCAGUCUGAACUGACACACCAGCCUCAUUUAUGAAAAGGAGAUACUAAAACAGUGACAGUAUUUUUUUUUCUAAACUCUUUUACAGAUUCAUGUUUUAUGUAUUUUUUUCUUUUUUUUUUUUUUUAACGACAUGAGCUCUCUGGGAAAUGUACCUCAUCCCUGCCGUUUUCUUCUAAGUGUAUUCAUUUGGGAGCAAACUGCAGUCACUCUCACCAGAGUCCCAUUUGAUGUCAGGAGGCAUCACUUUAAACCUUGUGAUGCCUUGGACAGGUCCAUCUGUUCCAUCAAAAGUUGAAUGCUAAGUUGCAUAACUUGGAGCUUACUGUAACCUUCGUUGAUUUGCCUAACCUUAAAAUCUUGUUGCUAUUUUUUUCAUGUAGCUUUUUUUCUUUUUCCAGUCUUUUAAGGAAAACUUCAUUUCCCAGCAUAUCCCUGUAUGUGCACCUAUUUUAAUGCACAUCUCUGAAACAAAGACUUUUUGUUCACAACCAUGACUAAAGCUGGAAAGUCAGUCUUCAGGGAGGGAGGAUAAAAACAUCCUGUUAGAAUUUAUUCAGGAAAGACAAAUUGGGUGGCGGGGGAGGGAAAGUCCUCCUUUCCUACCCUUUACCCCUUUUUAUCCCCAUGAGAAACAAUUUCCCUCUAUAAUCAGGGUAAUCUGCAUUUUUGAGCUCUGAUAGGUAUACAUGAACGUGUUGGCAAAGAAGAGUCUUUCUCACGUGCAGAGCCUGGCGUUAUGUGGGCAGGGCCACCCAUAACCCGUGACCAGACAGAGUAACAUACAAGGGACUUGGGGAAGGUGGUGGAGCUGCUGGGACAAGUGUCAAAGAUUGGGAUCCACUGUGCUAGCCUUCAUGUUAAGCAGAGUAAGCUGUAUUUUGUUUAAGAAGAUUUUAAAAAUGGGGGCUGAUAUCGUUCUUGGGGACCUGUCAUCAACAUGGUUUGCACGCAGCCCCCUGACCCCAGCUGCAGAGCCAUGCCACAGCUGUGGGGACCUCUCCCACUGGGCUAGAGCUCAAGGUGUCUACCACCACAUCACACUUUAGGGUUUCUUUAUUAACUAUUUAAUAAUGCCAUACAUUUUUAUAAGGUUAGAUUGUUUGAAAGCAUCUGUUUACAUUCCAUAUUCCAAUAAAAUUGUAUUGGUAUUGGUAGCAGGUCCUAUCUCUAAAUGUAGAUUCUAUUUUUGUCAUUUGGUCAGUGGGAACUUAAAAUACAAAUAAAACAAGGUCCCAAAGCCAGGAAAUGCAUUCUGUUAAGGUUCUCAUACCAGUGCUUCCUACCUUCAUUGCACGUCCUGUAUAUUAAUGUAUACAUUUGUUCUACCUGGAAAUCAGAAACAAGACAGCACUUCUUGGCUGAACCUAUAUUGAUAUGGUAGGCAGCAAAACUCAAGUGUUUCAGACUGUCAGACACCUUCUGACAUGCCCUUCUAGGCAACACCGAACUGUUGGUUAUUAUUUAUUAGGGAGAUGUGCCACUGUGUGUCUUUCCUGCCCUACCCAUCUCCUCUUUUGUCACUCAUUCCCUUCCCCCACCCUUCUUUUUUUUCUUCAAGUCACCUGUCUGGACCAGGCAGGGAGAGCCUGCUGGAGAGUCUUGAUGAAGUAGUAACCCUGCUUUUCUCUCUUGAGUCCCCCAGAGGCAAUAAAAGCAUCUGGAGCAGGGUCAGGCGACCGACUUCUGCCUCUCUCUCCUCUGGUCAUGAUGUGGUAUGUGCAAACACAGCUCACCUGCCUGUCCUCGGGGUCUAUGGCUGCAGCUUGGCAAAGGAGUAAUUUUUCCAUUUUAUGCAUACAGUUUACUUUUCGCCACCGCUACUUUUUACCUCUGUUCAUGCCUUAGACAUAAAGCAUAACUGAGUUUAAAAUGCACACUCCUUUCCAAGGCUGGUCUUGACACCCAACUUGUGGCUGGCUGACUAUGACUGGUUCUUUCCCAAACUGAACUGAGUCUAGUCCAGACCUUUCCUCUUUUCCUAGCUCCAAAACCAUUUUGUGUGCAGAUGGACCUAGUUCCCCUGAGAUUUUAGAGUCUUUUCCUGGAUUAGGAAGCAGUCUUGGAAAAUUCAAAAGACGGAUGAGAGAGUGUGUGUGUGUGUGAGUCUAGUCUUAUAUCUAGACAAAGCUAUGGUAGAUUCACCCACCCAGUAUCCUUUCCGGUUAGCAUAUUAUUUCUUAAAUUCAUCUCAGUAAUUUUCAUUAGACAUUUUGUUUGCUUCAUUACCUUACAACAGGUUAAAAGUGCCUAAGAUAAGGAUUUACUGUUUCCUAAAGAAAAGCAAAAAUAAUGUGGGGAACAGGGUAGUGUUACACUGUCAUCUCAGGUACUGCCUAUGUUCAAGAACAUAGACCUGGCGUGGCGAGAACAGAAGGUUCCUGUGCCAAAUACAGAUGGGUGUAUCAGAGGUGGUUGGCCACAAGUGGGUCUGACUGCAAGGUUUUGCUUCAGCUGAGAAACCCCAUGGUGAGAGCAGAACUGAUGAAGUGCUGAGAUUUUCAUCAGGUUUGCUUGCAGUUCACUCUCCCCAGGACCGUAUCAGUUGGCCCACACCUAUCCUGUUCUAGCCAGUGGUGGGCGACUGGGCAGGAGAAGUAUACAAGGAGUGUAUAAUGCAGACCACGCAUUCCCAGUUCUUCUUAGGACUCAGAGGGGUGUCAGUGCCAGUUCCAUGAGGCGUGCAAACAUUGGUCCCUCUGCUGGGUCCCCUCCGGCAUACCAGUGCUCGUGAGGCUCAAAGCAUGUGUAUUCCCUUGCAGAGAAGGAAGGUACUCUCCAUCCGAUUGAUUAGAGGAGACAGAAGAGUUUGUGAUCCUUGGGGCAGGGAGAGAGGACAGGAGAGGGGAUUGUUUAAAGAAGACAGGGAAUCAGUUUAAAAAUAAAAAACAAAAACAGUGCAAAGGUAGAUCUUGAGAGGAAGGAACAUGACUUUUGAGGCGUGAAAGCAAGGCGGGGCACAGAUUCAAGUUCUGGAACACGCCCUGAGAUGGGCGCUCCCCACGGGUUGGUUCCAGCGGGACCGCACGGUGGUGCUCUCGAGGCAGGUGCUCAGUCCCAGAGAGAGCCCGCAGCCGUGGGCCUCAGCCCGCGCCUACUCAGGGAAAUGACUUAGCUUCUCCCAGGUGCUGCUGUGAUGAGGAUGGAAGCAAAAUCAUUUUGGGACACAAACAAUUGGAAGAAUUUUUAUAUAUGCAUUGAAAUGGAUCUGAGAGAGCCCCGUCAACAGUCUCCUUUAAUGCCAGUUCAGAUUAAUGAUUCAUCUAGGAACCUGUGUUACUGCGCAAGCAUACACAGGAGAAAGCAACCUGCCCUCCACAUGAAUAGGAGUGGACAGUAACUGCUCAGAGUCAAGGCCAUUGAGAUGUAAACCCCAAAGCAAAAGCAGGGUCCAUAUGAGCAGACAAGAAACCAACAUUUGUCAGUGAGCUUAAUAAAUCUAAGACUGAGUGACAUCUUGCCAUUAAAAAGUAACCCCAGGGGGGGAGUGAGGGGAGGGUAGGUGGCGAGGAAACAUCUGGCUCAAAACCAGUAAUAAAUGCUUUGGAGCUAUAUGGAUGUGUCAAUGGAAAUAACCCCAACCAGGUAUUAUAGAGGCUGGGGGAAGCGAUGGAAUGGGAUUAUACAGGUGAUGCAUAUUUUCAUGUAGAGACUCAACAGUGUGCUGCAAUUGUGAUACUUAAUCCUGAACUGCAUGUAUUGGGGAUUGUUUUUUUUUUUUUUUUAAGUUCACUGAAUCAAUAAAUUAACAGUUUUUCACUUGCUGGCUUUUCUUGCUGUAAAUGGUGACUAAGAGGUUGGAACAGAAAUCUCGACACCCAGUGGAAAGCUUGAAUAAACCUUCCAGAACCACGGAGCCGGCUGUCUCCUUCUGUUUGCAGAAAAGCAACACUGCCUGGGUUGUGAUCCUUUACUAAAGAGUACUUUAGUACAUGGUUGACUACCACUUUGUAUCACUAGAUGACUGAUGUAUAAUUUCUAUGCUGCUGCCCUUUAGAGGAAAGAAAAACGUCAUGUGAAAUCCUGUUUUCAUAAAUAAAAAUGUUGACAAUCA